AUAGCAUUAGAUCCAUCGAAAAGUUUUGGCAUAGCGAUUAGUGUGAACGCUGAGCAAACCAAAAGCACUAUUCUGAAAGCUCUGAUUCAUAUACCAGAAACUUUACUGUUGUCUGAAAUGACUCAUGAAGUUUGCGAGAUACUGCCAGUUCCAAUCGUUACAAAAGAAAUUGCAGAGGAUCUCAACUUUCCAAAGGUCGAGCUUCACCUACAUUUAGAUGGCGCCGCACGUCAUGAAACUCUAUUGGACCUUUCUCUAGAGAAGGGAAUCAGCCUUAAAGGUGCAAAAACGGUUGAAGAAGUGCGUCGAGUUGUGACCGUGCACAAACCAUCGAACCUGGCUGAUAUGCUCACCCCAUUCGAUAUAUUUCUGCCUGUUAUGGUUGGUGAUAAAGACGCAAUCGAGCGAGUGGCCUAUGAGUUAUGUGAAGACCAAUCAAAAGUGGGGGUGAUCUAUUUCGAGGCGCGUUACUCACCACAUCUUCUGUCGAAUACUGUCGAUAAUCUGACGGCGAAAUCACCUGCGGGUGCAUUCAAAGGCAAGGGACCUUUAGAACCUCGUGGUGUCAUUGAGGCAGUGAAGCGUGGAUUUGACCGAGGUGAGACGGCAUUCGGCGUUAAGGCACGCUCAAUUCUGUGUUGCAUAUGCGGAUAUCCUGACUGGAACAACGAAGUGCUAGAAUUGGCAAAAUCCUCUUCACUACUUGGUGUCGUUGGCAUCGAUGUGGCUGGAUGUUCGCAAGGUGCAGACGAACAGUACGAGCCGAAUAUUUUGGGCGUUUUUCAGACGGCAGCAAAACUCGGGAUUCAUAGGACAAUGCAUGCUGGUGAGAGUGGAGGAGUUAAAGAAGUUGUAAAGGCAAUUGAUGAAAUGAAAGCCGAACGAAUAGGACACGGUUAUCGCUUGGUGUUGGAUGAAGGUGAGUAUCGAAAGUACGCGAUCGAGAAACGAAUCCACCUCGAGACGUGCCCAUAUUCAUCCGUCAUGACCGGAUCUGUCAAACUCGACUGGAAAAAUCAUCCUAUCGCUAGAUUCGCAGCGGACGAUAUCAACUUUUCGAUAAAUACCGAUGACACGACAUGUUUUGAGAACACAUUACUCACCGAAUAUGAACUCGCCCGUAAAGAGAUUGGACUGACCAAAAGGCAACUCUGGAAAUGCGUAAGCACUUUUAGGCAGUGCCAUUCACUCAAUGAUAGCUCUACAGACAUUAUCUAUGCGCACUUAUAG